AUGACCCUGACACAAACAGCAGCUAAUCACCAGUGGCCACCUCUCAAGAGGCAGUCUUCCCCGAUGUCCCAAGGGCAGCCUUCCCCGGCGUCCCAAGAGGCAGCCUUCCCCGGCGUCCCAACAGAGCAGCGACAUCCCAAGAGGCAGCCUUCCCCGGCGUCCCAAGAGGCAGCCUUCCCCGACGUCCCAAGAGGCAGUCUUCCCCGGCGUCCCAAGAGGCAGCCUUCCCCGGCGUCCCAAGAGGCAGCCUUUCCCAACAGGAGUCUUCCCGACAUCCCAAGAGGCAGCCUUCCCCGGCGUCCCAGAGGCAGUCUUCCCCAAUGUCCCAGAGGCAGCCUUCCCCGGCGUCCCAGAGGCAAUCUUCCCAACGUUCCAGAGGUAGCCUUCCCCCGGCGUCCCAAGAGGCAGCCUUCCCCGACGUCCCAGCAGUCUUCCCCGGCGUCCCAACAGGCAGUCUUCCCCGACAUCCCAGAGGCAGCCUUCGUCCCAGAGGCAGCCUUCGUCCCAAGAGGCCUUCCCCGGCGUCCCAAGAGGCAGCCUUCCCAAGAGGCAAUCUUGUCCCCAGGCAGUCUUCCCCGGCGUCCCAAGAGGCAGUCUUCCCCGAGGCGUCUUCCCGAUGUCCCAGAGGCAUCUUCCCCGAUGUCCCAGGCGUUCCCAGAGGCAGCCUUCCCCAACGUCCCAGGCAGUCUUCCUCCGUCCCAAGAGGCAGCCUUCCCGACGUCCCAAGAGGCAGUCUUCCCCGACGUCCCAAGAGGCAGUCUUCCCCGACAUCCCAAGAGGCAGCCUUCCCCGCGUCCCAGAGGCAGCCUUCCCCGCGUCCCAGAGGCAGCCUUCCCCGACGUCCCAACAGGCAGUCUUCCCCGACAUCCCAGAGGCAGCCUUCCCCGGCGCCUUCCCCCGGCGUCCCCAGGCAGUCUUCCCCAAUCUUCCCCAAGACAGUCUUCCCAAUGUCCCAAGAGGCAGUCUUCCCCGACGUCCCAGAGGCAGUCUUCCCCGAUAGCCUUCCCCGUCCCAAGAGGCAGUCUUCCCCGAUGUCCCAAGAGGCAGUCUUCCCCGAUGUCCCAAGAGGCAGUCUUCCCCGACAUCCCAAGGGGCAGUCUUCGUCCCCAAAGAGGCAGUCUUCCUCCCAACGUCCCCAGAGGCAGCCUUCCCCCGGCCCCAACCUCCCAACAGGCAGUCUUCCCCGACAUCCCAAGAGGCAGCCUUCCCCGAUGUCCCAAGAGGCAGCCUUCCCCGGCGUCUUCCCGAUGA